AUGUUCACAUUUCCUCCUCACACCAGCCACAAGUUACAGCCUUUAGACAGAACCGUAUUUGGUCCACUCAAGAAAUAUUAUAACAAAGCUUGCAACGAUUGGCUUUUGCAACAUCCUGGAACUCCUCUCACUAUAUAUAAUGUCGCCGAAUGCUUUGGCACUGCUUUUCCAUUAGCUUUUACGCCAUCCAACAUUCAAAAUGGAUUUAAAGUUGCAGGAAUAUGGCCAUUUAAUGAUAUUUUUGGCGAAGAUGAAUUCCUGAGCUCAUAUGUUACUGAUAAGCCUUAUGUAGAUGCUAACACCGUUACGCACACCAGAUUGGAUGUGGCUGAAAUACAACCAAAUAUUGUUCUACCUGGACCAUCACAAUAUGCAAAUAUUGAACAACAAUAUGACAAUAAUCAAGUAGCAAUAGAAUCUCCAGCACCAUCUACAUCCACUGGUACUAUAGACACAGACAAAAAUAUCCUUAUGUCACCUGAAGCCAUUCGUCCUUUUCCAAAGGCCCUAAGAACGUACCACGUAAGAACCCUACUAGAAAUAGAAAAGGUAAAACAAGAGUCUUAA